GGCAGGAGCGCCACGCCCAGUCCGCCGCCACGCCUGCCAAUGCGCAUGCGCAUUGGGCCCCGAGCCUGAACGCGGCGGAGAGCCCCGAGGCCGGCCCCCACGCCAUGGGAGGGCUGCUGAGAGGAUGGCGGGUGGCUCUGAUGUCCGGCCCCCACCGGGCCACCCUGCACCCCCUCUGCAGCUGGCCCCCGGGGGGUGCCCCGCAGCCCGAGUUCUCCCGCCUCUUCCAGCCCCAGAACCUCCGGGAGGACGAGGUGAGCGGGUUGGACGCCGGCGGGCCCGAGCUGACCUGCAAGAGCCAGCGGCUGAUGCUGCAGGCCGGCCUGAUCCAGCCGGCCACCCCCGGCUGCUUCCACCUCCUGCCCUUCGCCGUGCGUGCCCUGGAAAAGCUCGUCCGCCUCAUGGACCGCGAGAUGCAGGCCAUCGGCGGGCAGAAGGUGGACAUGCCCGCGCUGAGCUCGGCGGGGCCGUGGCGGGCCUCGGGCCGCUGGGACCGGAUGGGCCGCGAGCUGUUCCGCCUGGACGACCGGCAGGGCCACGAGCUGUGCCUGGGGCCCACGCACGAGGAGGUGGUGACGGCCCUGGUGGCCUCCCGCGGCGGGCUGUCGUCCCGGCAGCUCCCGCUCCUGCUCUACCAGGUGACCCGGAAGUUCCGCGACGAGCCCAAGCCGCGCUUCGGCCUGCUGCGCGCCCGCGAGUUCUACAUGAAAGACCUGUACUCCUUCGACGCCUCCCCCGCCGCCGCCCGCCGCACCUACAAGCUGGUUGGCGCCGCCUACGGCCGUCUGUUCGAGCGGCUGGGGCUCCCGGUCGUCCGGGUCCAGGCGGACACGGGUCACAUCGGCGGCUCCGAGUCCCACGAGUUCCAGCUGCCGGCGGGCGUCGGCGAGGACCGGCUGGCGCUGUGCCCGGGUUGCGGCUUCGCGGCCAACGCGGAGACCCUCGCCCCCGCGGCCGGGCCGCCCGCCUGCCCGGCCUGCGGGGGCCCGCUGACCGAGAGCAAGGGCAUCGAGCUGGGGCACACUUUCUACUUGGGCGCCAGGUACUCCUCCGUGUUCGGGGCCACGGUCGCCGGCGCCGACGGCCGGCCGCUCCCGGCGGAGAUGGGCUGCUACGGCCUGGGCGUGUCGCGCAUCCUGGCCGCGGCCGUCGAGGUCCUGUCUCCGGAAGACUGCCUUCGUUGGCCCCUCCCGCUCGCCCCGUACCGGGUGUGCCUCAUCCCCCCAAAGAAGGGCAGCCGGGAGGCGGGGGCGUCUGUGGAGGCCCUGCGGGCCCGCCUGCUCGCCACCGCCCCCCAGCUGCAGGGCGAGAUCCUGCUGGACGACAGGACUCAGCUGACCAUCGGCCGGAGGCUGAAAGACGCCCAGAAGCUAGGCUACCCGUUCGUGGUGGUCGCGGGCCGGAAGGUGCUGGAGGACCCCCCGCUCUACGAGGUGUGGUGUCAGGAUACCGGCCAGGUGCGCCUCCUUUCCGAGGAAGGAGUGGUCGAACUGCUGCGGACGACAGAGGUCGUCUGAACCUCCCGCCCUGGGCGGCCAAGCCCUGUCCAUCCCCUGUCCGCUCCCUGCCUCUGCUCUGGCCCGCGGCCGUGGCGGUCACGUUCCGGAAACUCCUCCGCAUCCCCGGACUGUCCCAUCCCCGCCCUGAGAAACUGCCCCUCCCGAGCCUCACCCUCUGGCCACGUUGUCACGCCCAGUUGCGUCCAAACUCCUUAAUAACAGUGGUCGGUGUUUUUUUAUUCAGAGUUUCUACAACCUCUUCAAACUAGACGACUCCCCUACGGAAAGAAAUCAGACAGUGGCCCCGUUCCGCGUCGGGCUUGCAGUCUAAAAGGUGGGGAGAAUUGGUAUCUUAUCCUUGUUCUACAGAUAAGAAACCGUGACCCAGAGUCAUUCCUUGACUUGCCCAUGGUCAUAGAACAAACCUGGGUGAAGCUGUGACUCUGCUUACCAAACUCGGGUGCCUGGGCCUGCUCCGUAUAAAAGACACAUUCCCUGCCCGUGGUGAACUUACAGUCUCAAUCUACAGUCGGAGAAACAGAAAUUAAUAUAAAUGAGAGAUAGAAAGAGCAUACGUGUAUACACACA